AUGAAUAAUUCUGAUAAUGAAAAUCUGAUUGAAAAUUUCGAGGAUGACUAAUAAGUGUACACAAAUUAGCCAGCGACUUUGGAUUUUAAUCUCGAAAGAUAGGGUCAUGUUCCUUAAUAACAUCGAUUUUCAUCGACAAAAUUUAGGGAAAGGUUGUCUUCAAUUGAUCCAUUGGAAUGGGCCAAAAAUAUAAAAAUGCCUGAGAAUAAUUAUUACACAUACCCUUGCAGUUACGAUUUGGCGGAAUUGCAUAGACAAUGCCAUUAUAUAUAGCCAGAUCAAGAUUUUCUGGAUAAAACGACAGCCACAGAGUGUCCAUGUUGCAACAAAUAAUUGAAUCGAAAACGCAUAAACUUCCUCACAGUGAACAUGUGGCAAUUGCUGGUUUAGGAUUAUGGCAUUGCUGCUCCCCUUUACUUUACAUUCCUCAAAUUUUAGAUGAUUCUCUUUGUCAUCAUAUUUUGUGUGUAUGGGAUUUUCUUUAUAACUGAAGUUAAUUGGACUUGCAGUGAUUUACAAAACAACCUUUGCUUAACCGAUCCUCACUUGGCUCAAGAGUACAAGGAUGCUUGUGAUUUGAAUACAAUUUACAUGUUUGUAGCAAUAGAUCCAUUCCUAUCCCAAAUUGAAUGUUCAGCAGAAGAGGACAUUAAGAAGGGUGGAAGUGGAUUCAAAUAGGUGUACAUCUAAAUAGCAGUCUUCAUCAUCUUCUUGAUGAACAUACUGCUCCCUUUGGAAUACGAGAUUAUCAUUCGAUACAAAUAAAUCAAAUAUUGGGACAAGGAACCCAUAAAUCAUGUAACAGAAAAUAAAAAGUCAGUUUACGUUAGACAUUUGCCUUACAAGAUGACAGCCGAGGAGAUCUCUUAGACUAUUUGUAAGGCUAUCUCAAUGAACAACUUUGAUUAAGUGGCUAAGAAGUCAGUGUUAUUUGAGCACAAAAAUUCAAUUUAAGAAUUAGUAUAUAUCUAUGACAUCCAUGAAAUUAAUGAGAUGAAUAUUGAUAGGGAGAAUUCAUUGCUAGAUUUCAUGAUUACGUUGGAGUAGAUGAGAGAACUCAAGGAGACAGGGAUGAUCACAACUUAUUCGGAUAAAUAGAUCAAGACUUAUAAAUCAUUUAAUUUGGAGACACUAGACAACCUAUUCAAACAACAAUUAAAGGACAUCAUGUUUAAAACGUAGAAGAUCAAAUCAUAUCUCAAGAAUGGACUGCCAUACACUAAUAAAGUCAUUAUCAAGUUUGAGACGAAGGAGUAGAGAGAUGCUGCUUAUUUACAUUAUAGAAAGAAGUGGUAUUAGAAUUUGCUAAUCAGAUACGAAGUGAUGAAGGAGCAAAAUCGGUUGAAAAAGUUACAGAAAACCCAAGUGUCUGAUUUGACAUCUUCUUUAUACUCUGAUAGUAGAGCAGUGUCAGUUGAUGAUCUGUAGAUCCAAUCAUAGACUGUGCAGUAAGCAAGAGUGAGUGUUUUCAAUCAGAACACUCAACUGGCUAAACAAUAAUAUGAUUAUAGCAAUAAAUACGUUGAACAGGUGCAUUAUCAAAUAGGAGUAAAGAGGGGGUUCAGAAUUAAUGGAAUCUUUUGGGAGAAUCUUGGCAUGGACACUUUCAAAAGAUUAAAGUUUAGACUUAAGGCUAUUUUUACAGCUGCUAUUGCAAGUUGUUUAUUGAUGGGUAGUUUUGAGUUGAUCUAUUUUUAUUAAAACAAUCCUAACUAGAGUGAGAGGAAAAGUAAUGGGUAAUUGUCAACUUGGGAGAAAAUACUCGCUAAUUGUUUAGCUGUUUUGGUUACUUUCUUAUCUAGUUAUACAACCUUAACAAUCUUGGGAUAGAUGGCUAAGAGUAGGAGAAGCACAUUUACUGAAGUGGAAGAGAGUAUAAUGCACUUUUUUGUUGUCAUUCAAUAUUUUUUAAUCUAAUUUUUCCCAUACAUUGCAACCUUUGAAAUUUGGGGAGGAAGGAACAAGAUUGUGGCUUGUUAUGAUUUGGUUACUCUAUCCAUCCACAGAAUCAUCUUCAAAUAAAUAUUUCAUACAUUUCACAUUAGACACACAAGAUUUUGGUUGAGAAAAAGAAAAGCCUUAAAGAAUUUUAAUCCAAAACGAUUCUUUUAAGGGUAACUCAAUUUUAUCAUGACUCCGGCAUUUCUUUCCCAAAGAGGAAGAUAAUUUAACAUGCUUUUUAUUUUGACCACUGCUCUUUGUUUAAUUUACAUAUGUCCAGUGGCUGUGCUAUUUUGUCUUGGAUUUACGAUCUACAUUUAUUUCUGGGAUAAGUAUGCUAUCACUCACAAUUAUCAAAUUGAUAAGAGAUUUACCAUUGAUAUAUUCAGCCAUUAAAUCAAAUGUUAUCAAAUUGUAGUUUUACCGUUUAGCAUUUAUCUAUUUCUAAGAUUGUUCUGGAGAUUCAGUUGGGUAAUCUACUCAGUGUUCAGUGUGGGAAUCGUUAUGAUCGUAGUUAUCAUCUUCAAAAAACAGAUCGUCAAAUUUAUCAUCUUCAAGAUCUUCAGAUUACGCAAGAAAAACCCACAAACUGAAUUCAGAGAAUAAUCGUUCUUCAGAAGUUAUAAUAAAUUUUUUGAAAACCUCAGAAUCGAGCAAUUAACUGAUAUCCUAGUAAAUUUGUUUAGAAGCAGUGAGAAUGAAGCCAUUAAAAAAUAGUCAAUUGAUUGA